AACAUUCUUUCCGCCUUUAGUUGUCCCAAACAGGAUACAGCGAGCGGCAUGACGGUUACUUUCAGAGCCACACCACUUUGCCACAAACAGGCAACCUCAUGUUGCUCCCAUUUCGUGAGAAAACUCUCAAAGGGUAUCCGUGAAAUUAUUGUGAAGCGCAACGAUGCCACUGAUCUUUCUUCUCCUGCUUCUCAUCACCAAUUUCGGACGAUUUUGUGGCGUUGAACAUGAAACCAUGUGCACGUCCAAUGCCUGCUUCACUGUCCAUAUGGAGAAGGUGAGCUUUGACAAGGCCAGUCAGAGCUGCUUCCACAAUGGAGGCUACCUGAUGACAGUGAGAGACAAAGAAGAAGAAGAGAUUCUGCACUCUCUCCUCUCGCUGAUCCAGAAGGACAAGGGCAAACAAUUUUGGAUUGGAUUAAAGCUGCACAAAGGGAACUGUGUGUUGGCUGACAAGCCCCUCAGGGGCUUCAAGUGGGUGUCUGGGGACGAAGAUUCCCACUACUCCAACUGGAAAAAAGAGCCCGUGGACACCUGCACUGAGCGAUGUGUGUGGGUUAAUUAUAAUUCCCCCGAUGACAAUCAGCUGAAAUGGACUGCUGGAGCUUGCAAAGGUCCUUCAUUUUCUGUGUGUAAGUUUUACUUUAAAGGAAUGUGCAAUGCUCUGGAACUGUUGGGCUCCGGGCACAUAUCCUACACGCCUGCUUUCUCUGAGCAGCCAUUCCGAAACGUGAUGAAAUCCUUGCCACUUGGAACGUAUGCCGAAGUCAAAUGCAGUGAAAAGCGGCCCCACAUUUCUGUGUGCAUCCAGAGAGAUGACAAAUAUCAGUGGACUGUACCGGGUCCAUUUUGCCGAACAGAACAAGGAAACUGUGCGCGCGACAACGGUGGAUGCGAACACAUGUGCCAGCAGGACUCCGAUCGGGUUAAAUGCCUCUGUAAGCAAGGUUACGCUCUUGAGGACAAUGGACUCUCAUGUAAGAUACAAGACGCGUGCAGCGUGGAUACCUGUGAGUACGAAUGCGUCAUGGAAGAGCGGGGAGCAAGUUGUACGUGUCCCAUCGGGUUCACAUUGGCAGCAAACCAGCGCAACUGUUCUGACAUUGAUGAAUGCCAACAGUCAGAUUUAUGCAACGUUCACGCGUGUAUUAACACACCAGGCAGUUACGCGUGCGCAUGUCAGGAUGGCUUCGAAAUGAUCGAUGGUUACUGUCAUGAUCUGGACGAAUGCGUGCAUUCCCAAUGUACACACGGCUGCUUCAACACUGCUGGAUCUUUCUUUUGCUACUGUAAAGAAGGCUUUACUUUAUCAGAGAACGGCUAUGCAUGCGUGGACAUGGAUGAAUGCGCUACUGAGCGCUGUCACUUUAAAUGUGUCAAUACUGAAGGAAGUUUCGUCUGCAUAUGCCCCGGCGGCUUUCGUUUGGAUGACACUGGAAGGAAUUGCACGCCGCAUGUGACGAAGGUGACAUUAAAUGAAUCAGUGGGCCAGAAAACACACGGAAACCUUGAUGAGUUUGUAUCCAUGACGACAGUCGACCCCCCGGGGGCGCCCACUCCCACGGAUAUGCCUGGUGCCACGGUGUCCAUGCCCCCAAGCAAUGCAUCCCUGUUUGCAACUGCCAUGCUGGUCAACUCCAGAGUGCUCAUCUGCGUACUCGGCUCAGUGAUUCCUUUGCUGCUCAUCAUCACUGCGACAUUAACAAUUGCCAUUGUGCGAUGUCGUCGAUCGAGACAGGAAGCAAAGAAAAGUACAACAGACGGUUAUUGUUGGGUUUCCUCUGGCUUCGAUCCACGUUUAGAAAAACUCUAUGAAUCCAUCUUGACUGAUGACCUAUGACCUGAUGGAGAGGAUCGUCUUCCUCGCGUGGACCAUUAGCCUGCAGAGCUCUGAGUUUGCCGUGAGCCAGUCAACAUUUGAAGAUGAACUACAGCGCAGCGACAUGGCCUGCUUGAAUCUCCAGGUCCUUGUGACAGUGUCUCUUAU